GAGGGCUACUCCCUUCGUCUCUCGUUGUCCCUCGCCACUGUCAAGAAACAAGAGAGGCCUCGGCUGUCAAUUAGGCCGUACGCGCUCCGCUUAAAUGGCUGCAGACCUCAACGUGACUGAACGUGUAAUACGUUUAGAAGGGGGGGAGGGCCCGCGGUACGGCUUCCGUGGUGGUCACUGCCGUGUGCAGUGCGCGCCAGCUGCUCCCCAAAGCGCACCACCGGCCUCACUUUUAUACACUCGGUUUCAUACGUUGCCCGAAAAUAACCGGCUCAGUCGUUUCCCCGUACUUCAGCCGAAAACUUUGCGCCACGAUCCAGUGACGAUAUAACGGAGGAGAGGAGAGGAUUCGAAGAAGGAAGAAGCGGCGAUCUCUGGGUCGAUUUUUCGUGAUGUUGGAUAAAGAAUAAAGGAGAGGAUUUUUGCAGUGGUGGGGGAUAUUUUGGUAAAAGGGAGAAGAUUUUAUUAGUUGGACGUUUGGGUGAGUUUAUUUUAGAUGGAUAUUAAUUGUAGUUAUGCUUGUUUGAUAUUUAGUUCUCUUGUAAUAAUAAGCAGUUCUUAUGCAGUUUGUGAAUCGUAACAGGGUAUAUAAGCAGGUGGAAUGAAUUUUUAAUGAGAAAGUUGAUCAAUAGCGAGUCGUUCUGAUUGCAAGGAGGGAACUGAAGUAACCUAUUUGUAUUAAUCCAACGCGAAUCAUAUUUAUCGAUUAUUGAAGAAAUAUUAAUUUUUUCGAGAAGAAUCUUUUUCCACGAAGAUCGAUAAAUCUUCGAAUCUUAAACGUGAAAGAAUAAGAAAGCUAUAAUCAGAGCAAAAAUUGUAUAAUAUAAAUUUCGAAGGAAAAAGAAUGUUUACGAUCAAGUUCGCGGAAAGCUUGAUCGUUAGACUUAAAUUUCAAUGAAGAAAAAAAAAAGAAAUAAAUUUAUUCGAUUCCAAACGAAACUUUCUACCUUAGAGAGAAGUUAAUCGUAUCAUCCUAAGGUCGAUAAAAAAUCGAAUCUCGGAAGCAAAGGAUUAAAAAUAAGGAUUUGAUCGAACCCAAACACCUCUCCCGGAAUCGGAUUACAAUUAAGAAAAAGAGAUUAUCAAAGUUGAAAGGGGAGGAACGAAACUGUACAACAAGAAACCUGAUCGAUUCCGGUAUUACCCUCUAAAUUCUAAGCUUCUAAGAAAAGGAAUAAAUAAAAAACAUUCACGAGAGAUCAAGAAACAUGAUCGACUCACCCGGAUCGGCUAAGAUAAGAAAGAUGGGCGAAUCGAAGGAGAAGUAUCUAAAUAAAUUGGGUACAUAUGCGACAUUGGGGGAAUGAAAUGAAACGGCGUUCCACGAUAAACGUUAUCCUUGCCGCCAUUUUCCCUAGGAUAUUCCCCCUGCUUCUCGAGACGCCUCUUAAGGGGAGGAGUCGAGGCGAAGUCAUGAAUAACGGAAGAGGGAAUGCGGAGAACAACGGAUAGAUCGAUCGAAAACGAUUUCUGGCCGACAAUGGCGUCUCGAUCCUCGCCUCGAGAAGAACUUUCCUCUUUUGAACGAACGAUUAUCGAUUAAACACCGUCGUUGUUGGAGGUGAGAAAUUCGUAUCGUUUCGAGGGAAGGGAAGGGAAUGAAAUUGUUUCGAGGAAGGAUGGCGUCCUCCCACUUUCUAGUGAUUUUUCUUGCCGCGCUGCGCACCGCCCUAGGGACAAAAGACGACCUCGAGGAUCCGAGCACGUGCUCGAGGAACAGGAGUUUGUUCGAGAUCCCCGGUGACGCCGUUCUCUCUGUGUUCUUGAACAUCAAUCACGGGCCCUACUGCAACGUGACGAGCGAUACUGGGUUGCAAGAAGUCGUGACCGCCUCGUACGUAGUUCAUCUGUUGAACAAGUACGAAUUCAUUCCUGGAUUCUCGUUGGGUUUGAAGAUCUUGGACACUUGUUUCGACGAGACGACCGUGUACAAACAAGCGCUGCAAGCAACCGUGGAGGCCGAUUGCCGGGCGGACCGCUACGACAUGGGGAUAUUAUUGCCGUCCGAGUAUGCGGGGAUAAUGGAACCGUUGCGCAACUACAGCGUUUCGCCUAUCGCCACGUACGACGAGGAAAACUUGACGAGGCCGCUGAUCAAUCUGAUGGUCCAUUACAUGAGCACCAGGUUCGAGACGGUCGAUCUGCUAUUGGCCAGCCACGACCCGGCGCUGAACAUAUUUCUGGACGCGGCAAGGGAGGCGGGGAUUUGCGUGAAAAAUUACGGGGGCAGUUUGGAGCUGGAGGGGGACGAGACGGAGCCGGUGAUCGCCGUGAUCGGGCGGAGGAGCGAUAUUCGGCAGUGGAUAGAGAGGGGGGAGAGACUGGAGGAGUCGAGGAAAACUUGGAUAGCGUUGUCCCUGGAUGGAUCGAGCGUGGACGAUCUGGUUCCCUCGGGCUCGUACGCGGUGAGGGCGUCGCCGCUCGACCCGGAGCUACUCCAAGACGUGUCCUCGCCGAGCACGUUCCUCGAGGCGGCCGCCGAGCCCGUCACGCGUUCCCCGCACUUGCUCGGCGUGGGUAAAGCGGUGCUCGAGCUCGCGCAAUUGCUGCAGGAUAUUCGAAAGCGGAACUGUCCACGGGCCACGGCCGCGUUGUGCGCGAUGCAACGCUUCAACCCCGGCUCGAGGCAGGAGAUGAGGAACGCGGACGUGUACACCGCGCUACGAAUAAUUGCGAGGUCGCACUCGAUCAGGUAUCUGGUGGCGAUGAAGAGUCAGCGAGGGGACGUGGUCGACAUGGCCGCGUACAACGUGGAGCCGGCUAAUAUGAAGUUCAGAGUGUCGGCCGAGUCAAGGAUGCCCAAGAUGCCGAGGCUGUGCUUGAAGAAGUACGCGAGGAACUGCGACGGGUGCGCUAAUUUCAAGAAAAGAUUCGGCCCUCGUGGCAAAGAUUCGCUCGACAGGGGUUUGUUAAAGGCUGGCAACUGGAUCCCAAUCUUCCUGACGGUGGUCGUGUGCGGGACGUUCGCCUGCGGCGCGAUCGCCGUCUUCAUCAUCUACCGUUUCAUGGUCGAGGACGUCCUCGACGGGAACCCAGUGCUGACGAUCGUCCUGAUACUCGCCAACGUGUUCACCCUCCAGACCGUGCUUCCGUUCUGCAUCAACGACGACUAUUUGGGGGGCGAACGCUUGAACUCGAGGAAGAUACUCGCGACGACCCUGGCCUUCGGACUCGACUUCUCCCUCAUGCUGACCAGGGCCUUCUUCCUCGUGUUCUCCAAGGGGGGCGUGUUCACCGCCCACAUAAACGGCCACCUCCAAGGGCUGAUGGUGUUCUUCAUGUUCUUCGUCCAGGUCGCCAUAUCCGUCAUGUUCUUCGCCCUCAGCAACCACGACUCGGCCGUAAUUAUGAGGAGCCUGAUAUUCAUCGCUCUUCUGGGAUACGAUAUAUUCCUACUGAUCACGCUGUUCGUCGUGUGCUUCUUCAUCUUCCAACUGCCGCGCAAUUACAGGGAGGGCAAGUGUUUCUUCGGCACGUCCAUCGGCCUGUUGAUCGCCUGGGCCGUGUGGCUCACCUGCUUCAUCCUCGUGGAGCCUGAAUACCGCGACACCGUGGUCUCCCUCGGAAUCAUAUCCACCGCUUAUCUCAUCAUUAUAGGUAUACUGAUACCGAGGACGUAUUACAUGGUGACGCAUCUCGCAAGGGGGAAGAAGUUCGGGCAGAGAUUCGGCUCGACCGAUCUUGCGCCCGACUCGAGGAUCGACACGAUUGGCAGGCAGAACGAUGAAAAGAAAACUUUGUUCGGGCAGAGUCGCCCGUUUUACGACUACGUGCACUCCGGCGGGGGAAGCACGACCAAUUUGCACGUGACACCCACCAUGUAUCCCAACUAUUACGGAAGCUCGAGCCCAGGGCAAAAGUAUCUAGGCAACAGAAGGAUUCCCGGAUACAACAAUUACGGAUACCACUCGGAGAUGCGGGAAGUGAAUAACUCUUACUCGAUACCGCAAGUCUGCAUCGAGGAUGCGGACUCGAGAAUCGACGGGAGCGCGACUUACGCGCGGCCGAAGAGCAACCGGAAGAGGAGGGCCAAAGGAGAGAAGGAUUGCAUCGAGACGGACGUUUACGUGGAGAGCAACGUGUCGGCGUGUCGGAGAUCGAUCAACGAAUCCGCGUAUGCCAGCAGCAGGUCGAACAGCCCCAGGUUGGCCCAGGUCGAGGCGACGAUUCGCGAGGAGGAGGAGGAGAGGAACGAGGAGACGAGCAGGAUCACUCGAUUUUGAACGAGGAGGAAAAUUUUUUUGGUUUAAUUGCACGUUUGACUUGAAAUUGUAAUAAGCAAUUGUCCUAGCCGAUAGAUCUUCGUGUUUAAACUUGUCGUCUAAGUGAAUCUAGUCGGUGAAUAGCGCGAAAGUUGUUUCUUCGACUCGAUGAGAUACAAAGAUGAGCGAAUGAGUGAAUGUAAAGGUGAAGAAUAUAUAAAGAAUGGACGAGGUUUUUAAUUAAUAUCGUAUAAACGAAAAGUAUUGUAAUAUUUAUCAUUUAAAAUUCGUUACAAAAAUACAAAAAAAAUAUAUAAGAGACAAGAUGAAA